AUGCCAGAGGUCUUGGGGAAAGGAUUUGUAGCAAAGAGCAUUACAUUCGAGAACACUGCUGGCACGGAUGCUGGACAAGCCAUAGCCUUAUAUUCGCAAGCAGACCACUCUGCUUUCUACCUCUGUGGUUUCAGAGGUUACCAAGAUACCCUCCUGGCAGGCUCGAAUCGACAAUUCUACAGAGAAUGUAAAAUAUCUGGAACAGUGGACUUCAUCUUUGGCGAUGCUUCUGUUGUUUUUCAACAAUGCAGCAUUUUGGCAAGCAAGACAGACAGAGGCCUAGUGAUCACAGCUCAAGGCCGGACAGACCCGAACAAUCCCACAGGGACCGUGAUCCAGAACUGCUCAGUCGCUGCAGGACCCGAUCUGCAACCGGGGGUUACAGCCUACUUAGGACGUCCAUGGAAAGAUUACUCAACUGUUGUCAUCAUGCAGAGCUUUCUUGACAGCAUUGUGAGCCCGGAGGGGUGGUUGGAAUUUCAAGGAACAGGUUCGACUAGAGAUGCAACUGUGUACUAUGCAGAGUUUGACAACAAUGGACCAGGCUCCGCAACUGAUGGAAGAGUUAAGUGGCCUGGGUACCAUAUUAUAACAGAUUCAUCUGAUGUUGAGCAAUAUAGUGUUGCCAACUUCAUCGAUGGCGAAUCCUGGCUACCGGACACUGGUGUACCAUUUGAUUCAGGCAUCUAA